AUGGGUGAAAAUCGUCAAAAAGUCAAAUAUGUUCAUAGUUCGUUCAAGAUCAAUCUAAAUAACAACACUACUGUCCAAGAAUGCAACGAGCCUGUUGGUGCUGAAUGGGGAUUUGACUUUUCUCCAUUUGAUUCUGUUGUGGAUGACCCUCAUGAUGAUAGCAAGUCUUUCAAAAGCCCGAUUGAUGUUAUUGGUUUUGUGAUCAAGUGUCUUCCGUCAGAUGAUAAAAGUGAUCAUAAUAACGGCAAAGACGAGAAGAAGACUACCUUUAUUUUGGAAGAUUUGCAACACCAUCAGAUUUACGUCACGUUAUGGGGUUGUUAUGCUGAUCAAAUUUUAGAUUUUGAGAAGAACAAUAAGGAUGAAAAGAAUGUUGUGGUUGUUGUUCAGUUUGGGAAGUACAGAUUUUGGGGAGGUAAUUUGUUUGUCUCCAAUUUGUAUAAUGUAACUCGAGUCUUGAUAAAAUCUGAGGUGAAAGAGAUUUUGGAUUUCAAGAAAAGUUUCCUUGCUCAGCUUAAUGUUUCAUCGUCUUCCGGUUAUUCUGGAUUGAGUUCUUCUGCUAUCAAGUCAAUGACUGAGGAAUAUCUAUCUGAUGGUUCCUUUACAAAAGUUUGUUAUUAUCCUCGGAACUAUUAA